AAAAGGAAAAUAAUGAUAAUAAUAAUAAAGAUGGGAAGGAUUCUUCUUCAGGCUAUGUUGGAGCCAUAGCCAGCGGUAGCACUCAGAGAUCCAUUUUUCCUUUCAUCUUUUUCCCCUUUUCUUCUUCUUCUCUUCUCUUCUCUUCUUUCCCAAUCACUGUGGAGGACUGAAUACACGGGAGCUUCGGUGGUCACUGUCGCUAUGGCUUUUCAACGGCGGCGUAACCACUAUUAUCAUCGUUUUAGAUUCUUGAUCCCAUUCAUUUCCGCCAUUUCUGCCGGUCUCCUUCUAUUCUUUGCACUUCUUUCUUUUCUGGCUCCUUCUCCUAAUGAUUCCCAUCAUCACCGCCUCAUUCCUCCGGUUCAGUUCAAUGCUGCCUCCGACGUGGCGAUUGGUGUUUCGCAUUUUCGUGUUCCGCGCAAUGGAGCGAGAUCCGGUCGUGAUCUUUGGACUUCUAGAAAUGCGAAGUUCUACUCUGGAUGUAGUAAUGCUAGCAACAAGUUUCUGAAAGCUAAUGCUAUUACACAUCCGAACCGUUACUUGCUGAUUGCAACUAGUGGAGGUUUAAAUCAACAAAGAACUGGGAUAACAGAUGCCGUUGUUGCAGCACGCAUAUUAAAUGCUACGCUUGUUGUGCCUAAGCUUGAUCAGAAGUCCUUUUGGAGGGAUUCCAGUAACUUUUCAGAGAUCUUCGAUGUUGAUUGGUUUGUAUCAUUCCUGUCAAAAGAUGUGAAAAUCAUUCAUCAGCUGCCAAAGAGGGGAGGGAAAACAUGGAAUACACACUCAAUGCGUGUCCCCAGGAAGUGUAGUGAAAGAUGUUAUCAGAACCGUGUAUUACCUGUUCUUUUGAAAAGGCAUGCUAUUCAGCUCUCCAAGUUCGAUUAUAGACUAGCAAACAAGUUGGAGACAGAUUUGCAGAAACUGAGAUGUAGAGUUAACUACCAUGCUUUGAAAUUCACUGACCCAAUACAGAAAAUGGGUGAAAAAUUGGUCAAUCGAAUGCGAGCAAAAAGCAAUCAUUACAUUGCUUUGCACCUCAGGUAUGAACCAGAUAUGCUAGCAUUCUCAGGUUGCUAUUAUGGUGGAGGUGAAAAGGAAAGGAGGGAACUUGGAGCUAUCCGAAGGCGAUGGAAAACAUUACAUCAAGUAAACAACCCUGAUAAAGAAAGGAGGCAUGGAAAAUGUCCACUGACUCCAGAAGAGGUUGGUUUGAUGCUGAGAGCACUCGGAUAUGGGCAGGAUGUUCAUAUCUAUGUGGCAUCUGGUGAAGUAUAUGGAGGGGAAGAGACACUAGCCCCUUUGAAAGCCCUCUUUCCUAAUUUCCAUUCAAAAGAGACCAUAGCUUCCAAGGCGGAAUUGGACAAAUUUUCUUCAUAUUCUUCUCGUAUGGCUGCACUUGAUUUCAUUGUCUGCGAUGAGAGUGAUGUAUUUGUCACCAACAAUAAUGGCAAUAUGGCAAGAAUAUUGGCUGGAAGAAGAAGAUACUUCGGACACAAGCCUACCAUUCGUCCAAAUGCCAAGAAACUCUAUAGGUUGUUCUUGAACAGACCCAACAUGACAUGGGGAGCAUUUUCGUCCAGGGUUAGAACUUAUCAGAGAGGCUUCAUGGGGGAGCCGAAUGAGGUGAGGCCAGGCAGGGGUGAAUUUCACGAAAACCCAUCGCCUUGUAUAUGUGAAGUUGCCAAGCCUCAUGUAAAGUCUGAUUCGGGACCUAGAAAAUAUGGCAAGAGUGAUCUAACAUCAAGGAGAGAUGAGCCUUCAACGGUAGACGACCAAAACAAUGAUUACGAGCCAGAAUGGCCAGACUCAGAGGAAGAGGAGGAUCAAGUUGACUUCCAAGAUAAAGGUCCAUUGAAUGCAACAAAUUUGGAGUAUGAUGCAAUUAACUCUGAGGAGCCCGAAUUGGAAGAGAUGCUCUCCGACUAAACAAAACCUCUACAAUACUGAUCCUUACCCAUGUUGGUACUUUAUUAACCCUACUUUCACUAGCAAACUUUGCACACCCAAACUGGAAACAAAAUGAGAAUUUGAGAGUUAGAUAGAUCCCCACAGGUCAUUUUUCAUUCAAACGAGACAAACCCGGUCAGAUUUUGGUGUGUGCAUGUGUGUCAUCCUGUAUAUAACACCCCCCAUCCAGAGCCAAGAAAGAAAACGUCUCCCUCUCCCUCUCCCUCUCCCUCUCCCUCUCCUUCCCAUGUUUUGAACAACCAUAACACGUUCUUUUCGGCCGCGGUUUUCAACAGUCAGAUAUUGCAUCAACAAUUCGAGUACCUCAACGAAGUAGUGGUGUGGAAGAGAGGGAGGAGAGCUCAAGGAGGAGGAGAGCUUGCAAAAACAAAAAAAAAAAAAAUCAAAGCAAUGCCGUUGCUGUUGUCAAAUUCCUCCGAGGUAAGGGCCUUAAAAACCUUGCCUGUACAUUUUAUUGAGUGUGGUAAUUAGAUUUUGCGUGAAUUUUUAUUUAUUUCUAUAGAGAUUGAUUAGAGCCUUUUCCAGAAAAUAGUGUUUGCCUCUCUUCUCUUCUCUUCUCUUCUCUUCUGGUGUCAUCAUUGAUGUGUUGUUGUGGAUUUUCUAUUUAUUUCAACUUUCGUCUAUUAAUAAUAUCUCAAGAUUAGACCUCU